GCGGUAGUGCACCAAUAAGCUGGAGGCUGAAACAAGAAGAAGAAGAAGGAGCUAGCAAACUUGCUUGAAGGAGCUGCCAACAGAUUCAUGGUAACCUCGAUGCUGCCUUCAGCUGGGGAAAUUCACAGGCAUUUUAGAAGGCAGGAAACGAGAGUCCGUUUCGAACAGCCCUUGAUGUCUCGGUGUCAUUAGACACCCUCCUGAGACAGUACUUUCUCCUUUUCAUACUCACCCGAAGUGUCUGAUGGACACAUUACGAUAACCGCGGAAUUAAUGGCUGACUACUGGAAAUCCCAACCCAAAAAAUUCUGCCAAUAUUGCAAGUGCUGGAUUGCGGACAACAAGCCUAGUAUAGAAUUUCAUGAAAGAGGAAAAAAUCACAAACAAAAUGUUGCUGCCAAAAUUGAAGAGAUUAAAAAGACUAGCACUGAUAAAGCCAAGAAGGAAAAAAAAAUGUCCAAGGAGUUUGCAGCAAUGGAAGAGGCUGCUCUGAAAGCAUACGAAGAAGAUAUGAAAAGAUUAAAAACAGAAGCAGGAACUUCUGUUCAGGCUCAAAAAUUUGAGGUUGAAGAUACUGCAGAACCUGAUAGCAAGAGUGAGUCUGGUGACUGGGUGCAGGGAACAACAGACAAUGGACAAAUUUACUAUUACAACACAACAACUGGAGAGUCUCAGUGGGAAAAACCAGAAGGGUUUCAAGGUCCGAGUGAGUCAUCAGCUGCAGACCAAACUGAGACAGGGAAUGUAUGGAUGGAAGCUAUGAGCCCAGAGGGAUAUGUGUACUACUAUAACACAGAGACUGGAGAGUCUACAUGGGAAAAACCAUCUGCAUGUUCUUCUGAAGUGGAAAGCCCAUCUGAAAAAAAUGUGGAACAUGAGGUUCAACUUGUAUCUCAGGCAGAAUCCCUCUCUGGCAAAGAGGCUCCAAAUUCCAAACAGUCCCGAGCCCCAAAAAUUAGCUUUCGGAAAAAAAAGGAAGAAGUAGCAGAUCUAACAGGGAAUGAUGAAAAAGAAGCUCAAAUGGAAGACUUGCAAGAAAAAGAAAAAGAUGAAGUGAAUGUAGAAUCAUCUGUACCUGCAGAAAAGAAAGAACCCCCUCCAAAGAAACCCAGAAAAGCAAACCCAUAUGGAGACUGGAAACAGAUUCAGGAGGAGAAGGACCCAUAUGAAAAUGUGGAUUUGCAGCUGCCACAGAAAGAAAGUGAAGGUUCUACAUCCACGUCCUCUGAUGUUCCCCCAGAACCCAAAACUAAGUUUAAGGAACGCACCAUCACUUCUCUGGGAGAUGAAAGCAGCUUGGGAGCCAUAUUCAAAAAGAGAAAGACAGAGAAUGGAAAACCCAGGAGCCUUCGGCAAAGAGAGAAGGACAAUUGAGAAUUUGAUAACUUGGUAUCGGGUCCCACAAAUUUGAAUAGACUAUAAUCGGAGCAUAAUUUAGACUUUUUUAGAUUUUUGUAUUUGUUACCUGUUUGUGGUGUACUGGUACACUCGACAACCCCCCCCCCCCCCCCC